UCCUCCUCCUCCUCCUCCUCUUCUUCAUAUUCCUCCUCCUCCUCCUCCUCCUCCGUCUUUCUGUGUUAGUGUGUUAGUGUUGCUUGUGGAGGACACACCGUCGUGGUCCGGUCCAGGGUCUCCGGUGCACGCGGACAGACUCACUGAUCAGAGCCGGUGGAAUUAAAAUGCGCCCUCCUGCUGAGCGGACCUCCUCCUGCUCCUGCUCCUGCUCCUGCUCCUGCUCCUCCUAGUUCUCUGCACUCAUUCUGCUUGGUUGUGCCUCCAGCCGCAGACGCAGGAUGACGCGGACCGCACCGCUGCUGCUUCUGUGCGCACUGGUGGCGUCGGCGGCGUCAUCGAAGACGGAGCGGGCGCUGCUGCUGCCGUGCGACUCGGGUCAGUACACCGACGACGGAGAAUGCUGCAAACAGUGUCCGCCCGGAGAGGGCGUGGUCGAGCCGUGUGGCGCCAAACAGACGGUCUGCGCACAGUGUUUAGACAGUGAGACCUUCUCGGAGGACUACAGCCACACAGAGACGUGUCGACCCUGCACCGAAUGCACCGGUAUGAUGCGCAUGGAGACGCCGUGCACCGACUCCAUCGACGCCAUCUGCAUCUGCAACUACAACUUCUACUUCAGUAAAGUGAGCGGACGCUGCGAGCUGUGCACGGUGUGUCCGGCGGGGAAAGGGGUGUUCGAGCACUGCGCCCACGAUCAGGACACGGUGUGCGAGGAGUGUCUGGACGACACCUACUCCGAACUGGAGAGCUCCCUGGACCCCUGCCUCCCGUGCACCAUCUGCGACGAGGGCACCGAGAUUCAGCUGGCCGAGUGCACGCCGACCAGCGACUCCAUCUGCCACAAUCCUCUUCUUCCUACAUACAUCUCUCUCCUCUCCGACACGACGACGUCUUUACCUUCCACCAACGUCUUCAUCCCGGAUGGCUCCGACAGUCCGAUGGCCGGAGCGGAAACCACCACGUCCAGCGCCGGCUCCCCUCGGUUCCUGGGCCAAGGCCUCAACGAAAACCUCAUCCCUAUCUACUGCUCCAUCCUGGCCGCCGUGGUGGUGGGUCUGGUGGCCUACAUCGUCUUCAAGAGGUGGAACAGCUGUAAACAGAACAAACAGGCCGCCAAUAACCGAGCAGCGACCAACAACCAGAUGGUGACGCCAGAGGGAGAGAAGCUGCACAGCGACAGUGGCAUUUCAGUGGACAGUCAGAGUCUGCAGGAACAACAACAACAACAACAGCAGCAACAACAACAACAACAACAACAGGCCCAGGCCGAGGUCCAGGCUCAGCCCACACACACACAGGAACAGAUAGUGGUGAGGGUGGACGGCGGCCCCCAGCCCGACUCCCCUCCUCCUGAAGUCUGAAGAAGAAGAAGAGGAGGACGAGGAGGCAUCGGACCUGGAGACAGCACGAGGAAGCGAGGACGUGAACUUUGGACCAAAAAGAGAGA